AUGAAAGGACAUCAUGGAAUUAUCACUCGCUUAAUGAUAUUACUUGUAAGACAUAUCCUUAUAUCAAGUGCACAAGACAGCUUUAUCAAAUUCUGGGACUUAAAAGCUCAACAUUGCUUUGCUACAUUGACAGGACACCCGGGACCCGUAUGGGAUUUUGCACUCACGCAUCAAGAUGAACUACUUGUCAGUGGAUCUAAUGACCAAAACUUGCGAGUCUGGCGUAUUAAUUAUGUGGAUCCAGUGAGCGGAAACGACUCGUAUGGAACGCGCACUUCUGAAACGGCUCCAGUCGGUAAUGAAAUCAUAACUCCCCUAGACAAAACUCAAUUUCAAAUCAGCGCACAGUUUCUUGGUUGUGUUCAGCGUUCUGGCGUCCGCCGCGUCCAUUGUUUGGCUUUUGAUCCCACUGGAACGUAUUUAUUAUGUCAGUCUUUCGACCGAAACGUUGAAAUCUUCCAACUUCUCGAUGCAGAAGCAAAGGCGAAACGAUUGCGCAAAAAGACUAAAAAGGCUAAGGAAAAAGGAAUGGAUCCGUCUAAUGUGACGCUGGAUGUUGAAGAUGAAUUACGUCCUAUUUUGAGGAUUACCCUGUCUGCUAAACCGAGCAGUUGUGAUAUUCUGGCACCUCGACUGAUCACUGAUAAUGAAUCACAGAAACGCCUUAUUCGUUUUGUUUGUGCGCUGAAGAAUAAUAUGCUAGAGGAGAUGCAGUUGACGAUUCCCUUAUCUCCGUUUAAAUUACAAACCUUACAACCAUCGAUUACAUUCACUAAAAAGUGUCCAAAUGUCCGCUUGUUAAAUUGUGUUUCGAGUUUUGGACACAGAAGUUCUGUAAUUGCUUGCAGUUUUACCAGUGACACACUUGGCAUCUUCACUUUAUCUAAGACAGAAGCGAAACUGUGGAGUAGGCGGUCAACAGCGUGUUUGGCCACAUUAGAAUGGAAAAGUCAGUUGCGUAUUACUGACGAUAGGAGUGCUGAAGUGUCAGGAGACAAACCAAUGCCGUCUAAAGCAUCAUCAAUGGUACUUGCCCCAGGCGAUCGUCAUGUUGCCAUCGGUUUCGAGACUGGUCACUUACUACUAUUCGAUUUGACCUCCAAAUUAAUAGUUCAAAGCAUUGACGAUGCUCACAAUGGAGCCGUACGCACUCUAGCUCUAACAGGAGAUAAGAAAGGAAUUGUAUCUGGUGGUUCUGACAAACAAGUGCGCUUCCACGAUUUUCAUCUGAGAACUCUUGACAACGCGAAGCCAAGUCUCUGCUUAGUUGAAAGUAGUCCAAUGAAAACUGUUUCUGAUCAGAUUAGUUGUUUGACUGUGUCACCAAAUAAUCGACUGAUAGUUGUUGCGCUAAUGAAUUUUCAUGUAGACGUGUUUUUCAUGGAUUCUUUCAAGCGAAUACACUCUUUAUAUGGUCAUUCUGCUCCAGUGACUAGCUUGGACAUUUCUUCGGACAGUCGUCUUAUCAUUACAGGUAGCACUGAUAAAACAGUUCGCUUAUGGGAACUACAAUUCGGUAACUGUCAAAGACGAUUUACUUCACAUUUAGAACCUAACAGUAUAAAAUAUUUUGAAAUCACUACAUUUACGAUUUUGCUAUUUCAGAAUCUCAUCGGGAUGAAUUUGGCAGGUUUAGAAUGUCUGGCAAGGAAGCUGCAAGAAGCUGAACAAAUUGAUCUUUUCGAUGAACUCAUUACAGCCCGAGAUAAACGAAUUAAAAAACGCAAAGCUAAACAGUCUCGUUUGGCACCCUUACUUCCACACUGA